CAGGAAGAGUCAGCAUUUGAAGAGUGAGGCUCUGAGAAGGAAGGAAAAAAAAAAAAAACUCAAAAUGUCAGGCGGUGACGCAGAGGAAAUGGAAUGGACAAAUUCUGACCAAACUUCAACAUCUAAUGACAACUGUGAUAAGGAUGAAAGUGAAGCUCAAGUGACUCUCUCCAUCAAAUGGUCAGGGGGUCCUCAGCCAAAAAAAUGUAAAAUAAUACUAGAGAAGGCUCUCCAGUCAUGGUCCAACAAAAACAAAUUUAAAGUAGACUGUCGUGUUUCCAAAGUCUAUGACGAUGGGAGAGCUGCAGUUAAGAUCACACCAGCUUCAGCCCUGAGUGAACUCCAGCAACUGUGUGGACAAAAACUGACCAUCAGAGAUGAGAGAGUAGCAGUUGAAAUCCUGUAUGUUAUUCUGUCACCACUGGCAUCGGUGCCACAAACACCCGAUGAUGCUUCUCUGAACUCUUGUCCUCCAUCUGAGUCAGAGCCCCAAGAUGAACGGGAAAAAGUGGGGCAACAAAAAAAUGGCAUGAAUGGCUCUGGGUGUAAUAUUCCUCCACCGCUGGAGGAACAAAAUGCAGACAAUGCCUCAAAAGCCCCACCUCCUUCAACUUGGUCAGAAACUCAGCAACCUGAGAAACAAAGUAGUUUCAACAGAUCAACAGCAGUUUCCACAUCAGGUGAAGAGUCGCUCAUGAGUAUUCUUGCAGUGAGCCCUUUCUGGUACUUGAACCACAUCUACAAGGAGGAAAUUAAGCAUAUAGAGACAAAGAAUGAUGUUAGAAUGAGCGCAAACGUACAUGUAACAUUCAUCAAAGAAAAGAAAAAUGGAAGCCCAGAAGAUGCUGUCUCUGACUUUGAAGCUCUUGUUCAGGAUUUCAUGAAAAAUGAAUUUGAAGGCGCAGAUAUUUCUCUGAAGAACAGAGAUCCCAAACAGCUGAUUGAAGUGCUGAAAGUUGUCCAGAACAAAGAUAGAAAGCUCCUGCUAACCUUGUCCUCUGAAGAAAUGAUCAUAAACGGGCCAAGCAGCAGUGUAGAAGCUGUCGACAAGUUCCUCAACACAAUGACAGUUAUGAACAUGCAUGAUGAAGAAUCAACAGUAACGUCAAGAGAUGAGUCCUCAGGGGCUUCUAUUGACGCUACGGUGAAUAUUACAAUAAACAUUGAAGAGCCUCUUCUUGAAUCUGGGCUCAUCAUUGAGGAGGACUCCUGGAAACGGAUUGAAACUUCCUUCUCUAAGAAAAAGUCCAAGAUUGAAGACAAGUUUGGUGUGGGCUUCAGUGCAUCAAGCAACAGUAAAGACCAUGUUAAAGUCAAAGCUCACUACAGAGGCUUAGGAGAAAAUGCAUCAAUGCAGAGUCAUGCCCUCAGAGCUCUUCUUCGUUUGUACCAGAAGACUGCCACAUCCCUCUUGAACUACAACCAGCCCCAUGGUGCCGCAGGUUUCAGUGACUCACCGAUGAACCCAAACGAAGAACUUUACACAUCAGAUGAGGACUCCAGUGAACCUAACAGGAACAGAAAACCAGGUUACAACAUACACUACAAUGAUGCACCCAAAACAGAGGGAGCCACUGCAGGAGACAACAAAGAAGAAAAAUGUCCUAUAUGCUUGGAUUCAUUCACGAAGAAGCAGCAGCUGAAGUGCAAGCAUGAGUUUUGUGAGGAAUGCCUGGAACAGGCGAAGGCAAAUCAAGGACCCAUCUGCCCGGUGUGUAAAAAUGUCUUUGGUAAGGUGGAGGGAAACCAGCCUGAUGGAGAAAUGACAUGGCGGUCAACCGGCCCAUCACUCCCUGGAUUUUCAAACUGCGGCACCAUAACUAUAACCUACAAUAUUCCAAGUGGAAGACAGACGGAAAAGCAUCCAAAUCCUGGGCAGCCCUAUCAUGGUAUUAACAGAAGGGCAUAUCUACCAGACAACAAAGAGGGCAAAGAAGUGCUUCAACUGUUGAAGAAAGCUUUUGAUCAGAAGCUCAUUUUCACUGUUGGGACUUCAAGAACAACUGGGUAUGAGAACCAGGUGACCUGGAAUGACAUUCACCACAAAACCUCAACAACAGGAGGAGCACAAGGAUUUGGGUACCCUGAUCCAGAUUACCUGAGGAGAGUCAGAGAGGAACUGAAGGCUAAUGGCAUUGAGUGAAAAUUUUAGUAGUAAUUGCUCAAAAUUGCUCAAACUUGUUAAUUUUCCAUCAUUGUUGUCACUGAUCAUGACGUUUUCUUAAAAAGAGGCUGAUUUAAGGUGCAGCGAACAGCUUUUACAGCUUACAAGUUUAUCUUCAUCCAUAUAUUAAUCAGAUGUUUCCUUGGUAAUGUAUCUUUUCUUUUUAAUAGCUUGAUUAUAUUUUUAGAGGAUGUAAAAACACGAGUGAUGGUUUAAGUUGUAGUGAAAAAUUUAAGCUUGCAUUAUGCAUGUUAUUACAUUCACAUUUUAAUAAACUUCCACAAACUCCUGUUUUCUUCAAUUCAUUGGCACAUGUUGUGAGAAAUAAACACAAAACACACUG